AUGACGCCAGACAGCGAUGACGAGUUUGGAUAUGAUUUCUCCGUCGAGGAAGAGGAGCUGCUGCUUCAGCUCACUUCGCACAAGGACGCCCCCGCUUCUCCACAGCAACACCAGGCAAACAUAACGACGAUAGAUGCUCAAGAUGGCAGACUUUGCGGUCAGGCUGAGGCCAGGAAUCGUCCAACGCUUGGGCACGACGAUAUUCAGGCCUCAAGGGAAGCUGCCUAUGCUCGCUCAAGCCUCCCUACGCCACCGCCGUUGUCAUCAACGGCCAUACUCAACCAAGAGGUUUUCUACCCGGAUCUCACCAAAGCCUUAUCCAACCUAGAGUCCAAGCCAGCUGUCAAGUCUGACUCAACUGUCACAACAGGACCACAGGUUGACUCCAUCGAGGAUGAUCCCUUUGACGAUGGCCGUUCACCUUUGCAGCGGUUUCGCUCUUAUCCCAAGAAACCUCUAACAGUCAGCGAUCUCACUUCAGGUGCUUGGUGCGAGUUGCAGUACUGGUACACCCUCACCCGGUUACCAGGCGGCCGGAGGACAAGAACAGCCGCAAUGAAGCAAGGGUCCAAGGUCCACCAAAAAUUGGAGGAUGAGGUCCAUACCACAGUCCAGAUCGAUAUCAUGACCAAGGAAGACGCAUUUGGGCUUCGACUCUGGAAUUUGGUUCAAGGCCUGAGAACGCUGCGAGACACUGGACUUACCCGGGAACUGGAAGUUUGGGGCAUGGUUGACGACAACCUCGUGAAUGGCGUCAUUGACAGCGUCAGCUAUGAGAAUCCCAAUCCCGAAUUCGAAGAGGAACUUUCCAGUCAGGAGAGCAAUUACCAACAAACGACAUUAACGGAUUACUUCCCACCUAAAAAUGGUGAGAGCCAUGGCGGUCCAAAAAUCUAUCUCGCAGACGUCAAAACCCGAGGCUCAUAUUCUCCCCCGUCAAACGCCCUCAUCAGACCUGCCAAAAUCCAGUUAUUGCUGUAUCAUCGAUUUUUGUCCGAUAUGGCGGCUGGCAGGCUCAACUUCCUCAAGGUCUUCCGGCGAUAUGGCCUUGAUCCCGAUGAUGCUUUCUCAGACACCUUCAUCGCUCAGGUCGGCAGCCUCCACGAUGAGAUAUUCGUGGACGCUUCAGAAAUAGAGGUUUCAGCCACAGAAGGCCGGCCUUCAUCCAGCCAUCGGAGCUCAUCAUCAGCUGGUCCCGAUCUACUCCAGUAUCGGACCUUACGGGAGCUCAUACCACUUGUCGAGCACGAGAUGGAUCUCACAUUUCCACACGGCGAACAUACCCUCGGCCACAUGCUCCGCGUCCAAUACGUCCAUCGUAGUGACGGUCAAGAGAUUGACGUUCACGAUUUCCCCGUUUCUAGACAAGCAUUGGAUGCCUUCCUCGCCAACUACAUGGCCUGGUGGCGAGGCGAGCGAAGGGCCAAGGGUGUGGAUAUAGAGGAGGCCUUCAAGUGUAGAACAUGCGAGUUUGCCUCUGACUGUUCAUGGCGCCAGGCCAUGGACGAUGAGAGGUUGCAGAGAGCGAGGACGCAGCAGAAGGCGCGGGCUAUACGGCGGAAGAGUAGUGCUUAUGCAUGA